AUGUAUAAAAAAGAAAUCAAUAUCAAGAUUUUAUCAAUCAACCCAAAAUGUGCAAGCAACAAAUGUAAAUACUAUAAAUCCCCCAUGACAGUCACCAAAGAACGGAUUAAAAUAUCUGUCACUUUGAGUCAACCUGACUUUAUAACUAUCCAAGAGCCUAUUUGGACAUCGGAAUCCCUAAAACAUUGGUUUAACGUAGAAGAUUAUCAUGUACUCAGGAACAAGAAUUUAGACACAGCCAUUCUAUACCACCAAAGGUAUACAUUAGUCAGAGAUUUCACACCAGAUGGCGGUCGCUUUACAAUGGGGCUCUUCACAUAUAAUGGGUUCUCAUUUAUGGUUAGCUCAUUCCAUGGCCGCAACAAUGGUAUGACAAUACCUAAAAAAAAGGCCCACUUCAAGGAGCUUAUUGGCUUGGUUCAACUUUUCAAUAGAGAUCUAGGAGUUCCAAUAAUCGUUGGGGGCGAUUUUAAUAUUGAAAUUAGAAGUCUCCUUAAAUUUCCAUAUAUAGCUUAUGAGCUCUUGCCAAAAAUAGACAACAUUAUUGUCUAUUCUCCGCCAUCUGGAGACUAUCAUACCAGAUUGGGGGACUACGAUUAUAUUAAGGAGGUGGAGAGCUAUGGUUUCCAUACCCCACUGAAAGCUACAAUGACCUUCAAUUACAAGAAGGAUUGUUUUAAAAACAUUAGUUUUAAAUUCAAUCUUAUAUCACUAAUUGAGGUCAGCAGAAGAUUUUCCUCUCUUUUCUCUGAACCAGCCAUCAUCGGUCUAAGGAGACCAGCCACCACAGAGCCAGUUGAGCAAAGACCAAAUGUUGAGGUGCAGACUAUUAGCUCACUAAGAAAUAUCCUUAAACGAGGCUCCACAGUUAGGUUGGAGUCUGGCAAGUACAAAGGUUCCUUGGCAAUAUUUGAAAUAUGGUAUGGUUCAAGUGCAAGAUUCCAAAUUCCAGCCUCGAUUCUGUCUAUAAAUACUACUAAAGGUUGA